AUGAAGCAGGACCCAAGAAGUGAUCAAGGCGUGCGCAGCAGAAAAAAGACAUCAAGGGGGCACCACAAGUUUGUGGGCGUCCGCCAAAGACCAUCGGGAAGAUGGGUGGCUGAAAUCAAAGACUCCGUACAAAAGGUAAGGCUUUGGCUCGGGACUUUUGACACAGCAGAAGACGCAGCACGAGCCUAUGAUAAUGCUGCUCGUCAACUCAGAGGUGCGAACGCUCGCACCAACUUUGAAUUGCCAACGGAUUCUAGUAUGCUUGAGAAUUCCGAGCCUUUUUCUUUUGAUGAAAUGUGUAGAACAGAAGAGCCUGAAGGACUAAUUGGUGCACUCAAGGCAAAGCUUUUUAAACAAAAAGGCUCCCACAUGCUCAAUCAAGACAGUUUGUCUUCUAACAUGCAAUUUAGCUUUCCCGGAAUUUCUCUUCCAAAUUCGUUGAAAAGUAGACAAUCAUCUGCCACAAUGCCUGCUAUCAAUCCAAUUCUACCUUGUAGUGCACCUGGAGCAGCUGCUAUAUCUACUCAGUUACCACCAGCUCAUCAUCAUCAUCAUAAUCAUAGGCAUGAUCAAACUGAAUCCAUCGGAGUGGAAGAGUGUCAAUUAGGCACGGCUCCGGGAUGGCCUACUGAGAACAAAUUUACAUGGACAUCAGAAAUGAGUCUUGUACAUGAGGAUCCCUCCUUGAUCAAUACUGCCAAAAAUGGUGCAUGGCCAGCAUCGCACAUAAAUCAAGCUGCUCCAGAUUUGUCUUACAUGAGCGACAAGGAAAAUGGAAUAAAAUCAGUAGCAAGAGAAGCGGGUUUAUGA